GCUGUGGCGGCUGUAUUAUGUGUAAUUGUGACGACACAGGAAAGCAAGGCUUGUACACGAUUUGAUACUUCGCUGGUACUCUUGUGGCCAGAGAGUUCUGCAGAAAGGAACGUUCUACAUUUGCUUGUCCUGAGCCCACAGCAUCCAAUGAAGUCUACAUGAGCAAAUCAGGUACAGUACUUAUGUCUACAUCCCAUGUCUUGGUGACCUGAUGAUCAUAUGUGGACAAGAAGAUGACAAGUUCAAGACCAAAGCGGUUAAAGGUAAACAAGCUUGGGGACUUAGAACAGCAUCAGUGAGAAGCCUUGGACUGCAUGUGCCAUAGAAAGUUCACAGUGGAGCACAUUAGAUUCUGGAGCCAUGGGAUGUGGGACAUCAGUCAAGACUGAAUAUCAAGGCAAAAAGUCUGAAAAGGCAAUUAAAGCAGCAGUGUUGAUACAGAGAUGGUAUCGUUUCUACAUGGCGAGAUUAGAAAUGAGACGACGCUACACACUUAAUAUUUUCCAGUCUAUUGAGUAUGCGGAAGAACAGGCACAGCUUCAGCUAUCCAACUUUUUCACAUUCAUGAUGGAUCAUUAUGCACAAAUGAAUGAGCAACAAUCAGACCCAGAUUUAAUUUCUGAUAUAAUCAACUCUUCAAAAGGAGGGCAAAAGAAGCUUAGGGCGUAUGAAACAAUUGAAGUUCCUGACUCUUAUGAUGGACCACAACUUUCAUUCCCUUUGUCUGUGUCUGACACAAAUACCCUUCUCAGUGCUUUCAAGCAAGAAAAGCAACUUCAUGCCCGCUAUGUCCUACAGCUCUUUGACGAAAUCAAAAAUUUCCUAAAACAAAUGCCAAACAUUGUUCAUUUGACUACGUCAUACUCUAAACAGAUCACCAUAUGUGGUGACCUCCAUGGAAAAUUGGAUGAUCUGCUGCUAAUAUUCUACAAGAAUGGUCUCCCCUCACCAGAGAAUACUUAUCUUUUUAAUGGAGAUUUUGUAGACAGAGGGAAAAAUUCGAUAGAAAUUCUAAUAAUCCUCUUUGCAUUCCUCCUCGUCUACCCUAAUAACUUCCAUUUGAACAGAGGCAACCACGAGGAUCCGAUCAUGAAUCUGAGGUAUGGCUUCACAAAGGAAGUGCUGCAAAAGUAUAAGAUUCAUGCUAAGAACAUACUACAUCUACUUGAAGACAUCUACAGUCUUCUCCCUCUUGUUACUAUUAUUGACAGUAAGGUUCUUAUUUUACAUGGCGGGAUAGCAGAUACCACAGACCUGGAUUUCCUCACUACUAUUAAAAGAAGCAAGUAUAAAUCAGCUUUGAAGCACCCAAAAUCAGAUCCAGAAAAAAAUGUUCCCAUACAUAAAGGCAAUGAGCUUCCUGCCGAUGACUGCAAAUCUUCCAAACACUCAAACAGAGUCCAGCAUGUCCCUGACAAGUGCCUAUCUCCACAAGUAUUCUCAAGUUCUCAUCUGCACACUGGUGGACUGCCGGCAGAAUUUAGAAAUGGUGCUAUCCUGGAAAUACAUUACAUGGAUCCUGGGGUUCAGUUGCCUAAUAUGACUCCAGAACUAACAGCCGCUGAACAAAAGGAAUGGAAACAGGUUGUGGACAUAUUGUGGAGUGAUCCAAGGAGCCAAAAUGGCUGCUCACCAAACAGCUUUCGAGGUGGAGGUUGUUACUUUGGACCAGAUAUAACGAAAAAAUUACUUGAUCGAUAUGAUUUAAAAAUGCUGAUCAGAUCACAUGAAUGCAAACAGGAAGGUUAUGAGUUAAGCCACAAUGGAAGGGUUAUAACCAUAUUUUCAGCAUCUAACUACUACGAUGAAGGAAGUAACAGAGGAGCAUAUCUCAAGCUGUGCCCUGAUCUAAUUCCACGCUUUGUACAGUAUCAAGUCAGUAAGAGCACACGCAAACUCACACUUCAUCAACGGAUGUGCGCUGUCGAAGAUUCUGCUCUUAGAGCACUACAGGAACAAUUUUUUGCCCAUCACUCUGACCUUAUGAAAGCUUUUAAAGAGCAUGACCCAGAUGGUACAGGUAAAAUCACAGUCAGUGAGUGGGCAUCAGCAAUGGAGGCAGUACUCCAUCUAGAUCUACCUUGGAGGACAUUACGCUCAAGACUUGCACGGCUGGCUCCUGAUGGGAGUGUGGAAUAUCUGUCAUGUUUUGAAGAUCUGCACAUUGAAAAACCCAUAAAAGAAGUUCAACCUAGUUUGGUUGAGACGUUAUACAGAUACAAAGCAGACCUUGAGAUCAUCUUCAACAUAAUUGACAAGGAUCACUCAGGUUUGAUAUCCAUUGAUGAAUUUCGUCAGACCUGGAAGCUUUUCAGCUCGCACCUUCACAUAAGUAUAGAUGAUGCCACUAUAGAUGACUUGGCCCACAGCAUAGAUUCCAACAAGGAUGGCAGCAUUGACUUUAAUGAGUUUUUGGAAGCUUUUCGAGUGGUUCACAAAUUUGAUGGGAAAGAUAGUAACAAAAGAUCAAAGCUGCUACACUAAACAGGAGGAAGAAUUUCACAAUCAAGGCAACUUAGACACUUGACUGUCUCUAAACCUUUAAUUCAAUGGUCUUUCCUGGCAUGAUACGUGUCCUGCCUAAAGCAGAGGCCAGAAAUGCUUAUCAGCUGUGUAUGAAGGAGAAGAGAAAUAUGGACAAUCAUGGAGCAACAUUCAGUGGCUGAACAUCUAGGACCUUCACAAAUGGUACUGAGAUGUAUUCUACAAUGGACUAUGUUGUGGGACUUAUGGAAGAUACAUUAAAUUGCAGGACAUAAUACAGAGACUACAAGCUGUCAUAAAAGUAUG